GAAAUUGUGGGGUAAAAUAUGAGUAAUAGUCUGAUGAAUUAUAUUAUGUAAUGCAAACGGCUGUACCCCAUGCAAUCCCCCAUUGGGGGCUGCUGCCUUCCCAACCCCCGCCCCAAAAAACAAAGAAUCCUUCACAUAUUUACCUUGCCAAGUUUAUGUAAAGAUCUUUCCUGCUGUGAAUAAAUGGAGUAUCCUUUGUUUUCCUGGGCAGGGGUUUGGUGAUGGCAGCCUCCCAUGGGGGGGGGGGGCAGUAUUAGACAAUAUAGUGACUGAUUGUGUGUAGAUUAUUCACAUUUUACCCCGCAAUUUCCUUGGUACCUUUCAUGCUCUCUCCCGCUAUUGGGGCUAAGCUUGACACUAAUGGGGGAGUUAGAGGAAUUUCUAUGCAAUAGAACCUACAUAUUUGCAUUAUAAAUGGUGAUUGGAAUAUAUUGUCACCAAUAUUGUCACAAUCCUUAUGAUGUAUUAGAAAAAAUUACUGUACUGGGGAAAUUGCAGGGUAAAAUAUGAAUAAUAUACACAGAAUCAGUCACUAUUUUGUCUAAUGCAGAGGCCUGCUGCCCCUAGUUCCCCACCCAGGAAAACAAGGAAUCCUCCACAUAUUCAUGGCAGGAGAGAGCGUAGGACAAACAUGGUAAUGGGCACUUCUGCAUGGCACUCUCUCCUGCCAUGAAUAUGUGGAGGAUUCCUUGCUUUCUUGGAUGGGGGUUGGAGGCAGCAGCACAGGGGGCAUAGCCAGCGCCUUUCAUUAGACACUAUGAUGCCAGAUUCCGUGGAUAUUAUUCAUAUUUUACUUUACAAUUUUCUUAUACAUUUCAUGCCCUCCCCUGCUUAGUAACAAAUACAGUAUUACCUUCACAACUUUAUAAAGAAAAAUAUGUGCAGCAUGUAAUACUUUGGUAUACAUUUGCAGGCAAAUGUAAUGGCACUAUGAUAAUCAAAGAGGAAAACUACACUUUCUACCACAUGAAAUAAUUUGCAUAUGCAGAAAAUAAUGCCUCAACUCAUACUGUGGCAGAUGCCAAGAAACAUCCUCCAGUGAUUCCUUAUUUGAUAACAAACUAUCAAGUCAUUUUUAGAGGCAAAAUUUACGUAUAUGGCUGUGGGAAACUGAAGCUAUACCAGAAUUUCACAAGCAGUAAUUUGGAUACAUACAACAACAGCAAGACUAAACAAUGCCUUAUAAAUUAAGGAUAUCUGAGGAGGAGGUACGGGCAGAGUUAAUGAAAUUAGGCUUCACAAACUUACCAGAUGAAACAGUGGAAGUUUUUCGUCGAGACCUCCUCAAGCUGAUUAAAAGUGACCUCCGUAAGCUUAGGCAGGAUAAACAGCUAUUGGAAGGCUCGAGAGAAGAGACAACCUACUUGAGCCCCCCUGUUACAUUAGGGAAACAUGGUCACCCUCGAGAGAAAACAAAGCGGCCAGAAGCAUCAACGCCUCUCUCCCCUGGAAGGCCAGUGAGUUCAACAAGGCUGAGUAGUAAGGUUUCUAAGCAUCUGAAUGCUGACAGUACAACUUCAUGUGCAAGUGAUGAGGAUACUACUGUAGAAAGUGGAUACUCAGACUUUGAGAGUGAGUCUUCAAGGCCAUCCUACUCCUCAGAGGAAGUGGACGACUCAUCCUCCUCUAUCUACCUAACAAGAAGAAAUGGCCAAGCAGGAGCCAGAUCUCAGACAGUUGACCCAUCAGCCAGGCGAGGAGCUUUUCCCCCACUGCAAAGAGAAUCCAAGGACUCAGCAGAAGACUCACAUCAAGAAUCCCAGGAGUCAGCCUUUGAUUCACACAAAGUGACAGAAGACUCAUCAGUAGAUUCUCAUAGAGGGUUCAAGGACUCUGCCAUUGCAGCCCCAAAGAGCUUGGCUAAGGAGAAGCAGGAAGUUGCAGUCAGACCUAAGAAAAAGCCUGUGAAGGCUGCUGACUCCUUGCCAGCAUAUCCAAGACGGCCUGAUCCAGUAAAUCUAUAUCACUUUUACAAAGCCCACUGGGAUAAAUUCAAGACUCCAGGUGAAGAUCCUAGAUCAAAACUUCGCUGGGAAGUGCGCACAAAACUUUUCUAUUCAUCUUGACAUCAGAGAACAUUAUAAUACCUAGAUAUGAAGCACCUGCAGUCUGUAACCGACCCUUUGGCUUGUGUGCCAACUUGACUUGCCUGAAGUUUUAGAAAAAGCACAUGUCACAUUGGUCUUUCUCUUCUUCACUGUAUUUUUUUGUCUCCUUUUCCUUUUUAGAGUACAUUAGUCAUUUAAAUUCACUUUUUAAGUAAAAAGACAGGAAUUUACAAGUCUUUAACCAAAGAUAAUCUAAAUAUUAGGAAGAGAUCAUUGAAACUAUUGACUAACAAGUGUUUAGACAAUGGAGGACAGCCUUUCCUAUUUUAUAAAAGGAAUUGCAUUUAUAAAAAAUGUCAAAAUACAGAACUUGUUACAGGAACUGUUUACUAGGGACCAAUAGUUGUUUGUCAUUACUUGAACUGUGGAAGAUUUUUAAAAUGUUAAUGGCUGUGAAUAUUCUUAUUCUAAUUAAGUAGAUAAGACUGAUUAAGGAUCACCUUUUUAGGAAUAUAUACUGAACAUUAGUUUUAAAGGUGAUGGAUUAUGUCUCAGGAAAGCUUUUAAUAUAUCAGUAUUUAUGUUUAGUACAUUUUGUCUUCUAUAUAUCACGAUAAAUAUUUGGAGAGUUAUCAUACAGCUAAAAAAUGAAUAAUCAUUAAAAUCUACCAAACAGAACUUUAGCCUUAAUGAAAAUGGUUGUCUUUUCACUGUUCUUCAAGGUGUGUCAAGACUUCAGAUGUUAAAGUAUUAAGAUUUAACUAAAUAUAAAUUACUAUUUACUUGUAAAGUUCAUUAAUACUCAAGUUCCUUUCUGUCUUCCACACACCCAGACAGAUUUCUUUAUCCCAUAAAGAUAAUAAAUGCUUUAUAACUUUUCAAAUAAUAAAUCUCCAUUUUGAGAUUCGCUUUCUGAAUUUUAUGAUGAACUUUGGUAAUUCAACUAUGCAUGUUAUGUUGUGUUUUUCCUUUUCUCAAUGUUAUUAUUCAACCUAUCAACCCUAAGUCUGUGUACUGUCCACAAUUUUUUUGUGAAUAUUGUUGCACAUAGAUGGCUCCACAAGUGCUCAGCCAUUUAGUAGGCUCUAGUUACCUGAUUUCACUGGUUUCUUGAAUUUGUAUAUAUUUUUUUCUGAUGCUGAUAAUAAUGAUUUUAUAAUAAUUACUGAUGUAAUGAUUUUCAUAAAGUUAUUAAAGUACGAAUAACAAUAAAAAAGAUAAGUAAUAUUUUUUCAAGAAAAAUCAAGGAAAGUGGAAACAGUGAGAUAGGUAGAGUUGAUAAAUGACUUUUGUGAUUAAGUACUUGUGGAGCCAUCUAUAUGUACCCACAAACUAAAAUUACAGUGCACAUGCAGUGUAUUUAUGCCAUAUAUGGCCAUUGGGUGACUUUCUAGCAUGAUUAUAUGAUAAAGGACUGCAUUUAGUAAACUCACUACUAAUGCACAUGUAUUAUUGCAUUCUCAUUGAUGACUUUCUAGAUUUCUGUGUGGCCUAUAAUGUUUAAACUAUGUGUAGUUGUAUUUAUAUAACUGUUCCUUUUUUAACACCUUUUAUAUAUGCUGUCUAUGGAAGUAUUAAUAGAUUGUUACAU